GUUAGCUCCUCCUGGCUCUGGUGCCUCUGAGUGUCAGCAUGGCACUGCGAGUGGCUCUUGUCAUUUUGAGCCUCCUGCCACUGCUGGAGGCCCAGAACCCAGACCAUGCCAACAUCACAGGCAUACCCAUUACCAAUGACACCAUGAGCUGGCUCUCUGGCAAAUGGUUUUACCUCGGCUCAGCUCUCCGAAACCUCGAGUUCAAGCAGGCACUUCAAAAGAUACAGGCAACAUAUUUUUACUUCACUCCCAACUUGACAGACGACACUAUCCUGCUCCAAGAGUACCAGACCGUGGAGGGCCGGUGUGUCUAUAACUCCAGCACGCUGGGAGUCCAGAGAGAGAAUGGGACCAUCUCCAAAUAUGAGGGAACAGUAGAACACGUUGCCCACCUGAAAGUGUUCACGAAACACCGGGCCUUCACACUUGCCUUCGCCCCAGAGGAUGAGAAGAACCGGGGGCUGUCCUUCUACGCUAGCAAGCCAGAUAUUGCCCCAGAGUUCCUUAAAGAAUUCCAGAAUGCUGUCAAAAGUCUGGGCAUGAAUGAGACAGAAAUCAUAUACACUGACUGGAAAAAGGAUAUGUGCAGCCAACAGCAGCUUGAGCCAGAAAAGAAGACAGAGGCGUGUCCCUAGAACGGCAUGGGCUCGGCUCUCUGCACUCUGGGCUGUCCUGAUGCCCACCACACCCACCCUGUGCACCUUGGUUCUUUCUCUACACCAAUAAAGGUUUGGGAAAACAGUCAA